UGUUUCUUUGGUUCACAUUCUUAAUGGAUUGUUGUUUCUGUCCAUAUCGAACCACUACCAUAUAUGGAUGACAACCACGAUCCAGGCCAAAUGUGAACCGCAACCAUAUAAAGAUGACGACCACAAUCCACGACUCUAUAUGGAUGACAACCUCACUUCCUUACAUGACGUGUUGAAAUACAUAAAUAUUAUGAUUUUGUGUUACAUGACAAAAUUCCUAUUGCAUUUAUAUAAAUUUUUAAAUAGACAUUAUGUUAUGAAUUGCAUAGAUAAUAUGUGAUUUUAUUACAACUCAACAUUGAUACUUCACAAUUGAGUGAGGAAGGGAGAGGACAACCAAUGGACCGUGGAGCUGCGACUGGAGUGGAUGGUACUCUUGAUGUGGAUGUACAUAGGUCACAACGCAAUGUUUUGGCCUCGAAAUUUCUGUCUUCUCUAUACACAGCUCCAUCUUCUUCUCCAAUGAAGGAAAGUCGUCGGGGGUACGUGGAUCCCCACCGAGCUUUAACUGAUGCCGAAGACAACGAGUUGAGAGUUGUUAGAGAAUUAGGUUCACAUCAUUGGUUGAAAAGCAUCUAUGACUUAAAUUCUUGGAUCGAUUCUGAGGCCAUCGAUCUGUACUUAAACUACUUAUCAACACGUCAAGAAAAUCGAUUGCGAGGUAGACAGGACUGCGCAUUCGUCCCAUCACUAUUUACGAAAAUCAUGGAAAUUCAACUUGACUUGUUGCACACUUAUGGAGCUGGGAAUCAUAAGGAUCGACAGGCCAUGAAGUCUGAUAAAUUGAAUGAAAAUCUUGUGAGUAUAGUUGUCGGUGAUGGUAAAACGAAACCUCUGUGGAAAUAUGAAGUGUUAUACAUCCCUCUCAGUGCGAGGCAACAACAUUGGUUUAUGGGUGUUGUUUCUCCAAAUAAGAAAAAUGUCACUUUGUAUGACAGCAUGAAUACUGAUUGGAAAGAGAAAAACGAGCUGGUUGUCGCGCAAAUAGCGGACAGGCUGAGGUGGUUAUUCCAUAUUCUUGAUUGUGGAGCUAAGUUCUAGGAGAAGCCAUGGAAUGUGAGGAUAAUCACUGAUAGACCUGCGCAACACAACUCUGACGAUUGUGGCGUAUUUAUGCUGAAAUUCAUAGACUUCUUGAGUGACAUGCAUACAAUUGAUUUUACACCUGUAAGUAUAUAUUUAUUCGUCUACAUUAAAUCUUGAUUGCUUUAUCUUUUGUUUUAAUAUUAGUUCAUUCUUUUCCUGUAUGAGGAAAUUCCUAAAUUUAGAAAGACAAUUGCAUACAACUGUCUGCAAUACAAGAAAGAAGCUGAUGCUGCUUUCACAAAGAAACAAGAAAAAAUAUCAAGUUGGCCAGUGAAGAGAGUCAGAUACUAAUUUGGUAUUGAAUGUUAAAUGAAUUGGCGUAUAUAAUGUUUCUUCUUA